AUGGCUUCGUCCAAGGCUGCUUUGAAAGCCAUCAAGGCAUCCUUGGAUACCAGUCAAUUCGCCAAAGCUGCUGAUCAGGCCGAAGAUUUGCUCAAGCAAGAUGACAAGAACUACAUCGCGUUACUCUUCCUCGGGUUCGCAAGAGAGAAACUUGGAGAUUUGGAAGCCGCAGCGAAGGCUCUGCACAAAGCUGCAACUGUCAAGCCCGACGAUGUCCAGGCCUACAAAGGGCUGGUAACCCUGUACGAAAAACAAGGGAAAGCCAAAUUGGAUCAAUACCAUGAUGUGGCCUUCAGGUUAGCAGAGCUAUACGCUCAGCAAGAUGACAAAGCGCAAUGUCAGAACGUUAUCGACAAAUACGAACUGUUUGCCAAAAAGCAUGGGAGCCGAUCACAGUAUCGACGUGCGCUCGAACUCAUUCUACCGACCUCCAGCCUCUACCCGACACUCGAAGGCCGUGUCUUACAACCAAGCUUGGCGUAUCAGCGCGUCUUAGAGUCAGCGGAGGCUGAAGAGAAGGAGUGGAUCAACACGCAGAUUGGAGAAAGAAGGACACGGCUAGGAGCAAAGAUUGACCAGGUGACCCGACAAGUUAAAUGCGAGGCUAUAAGCAGAUUCCAGGUCGAAGAAAAGUAUGCAGCUCUCAUUGACUGGACAAGGGACGAUGACGCUCGCCAUGACCUCGAGGAGAAACUCUUUCAGCGCAUGUUCGACAAUCUGCUCGUCUUGCCGCAGGAAUCUAAGCCUGACCGACGGGAUAAGGUGUUGAAUAUGGCGAAUGGCAUGGUCAUCAUCAAACACCCUUUUCACCUGGCCUGGAAAGUUGCCCUUGAGUGGGUUGAUGCAGAGGAGCUGCAAGAUUGGGACGUUAACAUCUUUCGCGAGUAUAUUAGCUUCUUCCCAGACGAUGGCUUGAGCAAAGUUCUACGUGGCUUUCUCGACAGUGAUGCCUCGCCGUUUCCACAUCUGCCAGUUGAGGAGAAGGAGGGCGAAGAGACCCCGCAGAGGCUGAGCGAAGCCGACCAACUCAUUCUAAUGAAUGAAGGUAUUGAACGCUGUCCAGAAUCCUUGCUUGGCCACCGAAUCGUGGCACAUGUCUAUCUCGGCUUGAAAGAGUGGGAGAGCGCUGUCGACAUAGGACGAAAGGCGCAGAAGUUGCACUUGGAUGCUCAACGGCGCUACGCUAUAGACUUGCAAAACAGCCUCGACGGCGUCAAUCUCAUUCUUGCAAAUGCCUUGAUCACAUUCCAGUCUCCACGACAUCAUCCCGAAGCGAAGACAUUGUUCGAGGACAUUCUCAGGCGUAAGCCCAAGCUUACUGCUGCCUUGAUGGGUGUUGGCUUGAUAUACGAGGACGAUGAAGAUUAUGCGGAGGCAGUCAAAUUCUUCCUCCAAGCAGCCGAGCGUGAUCCAGAUAAUGCCAGGAUCAAGAUCGAGCUUGCUUGGUGUCGAGCACACAAUGGACAGCUCAAAGAAGGCUUGCAAGAGCUUCAGGAGGUGCUCUCAGCUGUCGAAUCGGAGAAGCAGCAGAACUUGACCAUGAAAGCCAUCACGCUCUACCGAAUUGCGUACUGUUACUGGCACAUUGACACUUCCGCCGCCGCCCGCAAAUCCAAAUCAGGGCCUUAUCAGUUUCUCAUCGCGUCCAUCAAAGCGGACCCUAGUUACGCCCCCGCAUAUACUCUGCUGGGGAUCUAUUUCCAAGACUACGGCAAAAGCAAAGCACGGGCCCGAGUCGCCUUGCAGAAAGCAUUCGAGCUCUCCACCUCAGAGCUCGAGGCUGCUCACCGCCUCGCAAAGGCUUUUGCGGACAACGCAGAAUGGGAUCUCGUCGAAUUGGUCGCCCAACGCGUUGUUACGUCAGGUAAAGCCAGGCCAGCCCCAGGGUCGAAGAAGAAAGCUUAUAGUUGGCCCUUCACGGCGCUGGGCGUGGUGCAGAUGAACAAACAGCAUUAUUCGCAGGCGAUCCUUUCCUUCCAGCAGGCCCUGAGAAUUACACCAGACGAUUACCACUCCUGGGUCGGACUCGGUGAGAGCUACCACAAUGCAGGGAGGCAUGUUGCUGCCACACGGGCGUUUGCAAAAGCUGCGAGUAUUGAGCAUGGUCUGUCGCCCGAAGAAACUUGGUUCGCCAAAUACAUGCUUGCCAAUGUUCAACGAGAGAUGGGAUCCUAUGACGAAGCCAUUGCUGCAUACCGAGAGAUCCUGGUCCUGAAACCGAAGGAAUUUGGAGUGCUUAUCGCGUUGCUCCAGACGAUUUCCGAGAGUGCCUGGGCAAAGGUUGCGCUGGGUAUGUUCGGCGAGGCGGCAAAACUUGCCUCCUCUGCAAAUGAAUUGGCGAGCCAGAUCGCAUCGCAGGGGACGGACGUGUUCAAUCUGUGGAAAUGUGUUGGGGAUGCUUGCUCCGUCCUUGGACAUGUCAAGCUAUAUGCGAAAUCGGCAGACGUACAAACGGUGUCUGAUUUGCUGCAAAUCUCUCUCCAAGACGACUUCAACACUCUCACUGAUAUUGACAAGGUUGAUCUCGAAUUUCUCGCGGCCACCAUCGACUCUGCCAAUCCUACGGCUAAUGCAGACAAAUAUCUCGUAGCUGCAAUCCUAGCUCAGAAACGCGCCAUCCACGCUUGUUCCUCCGACCAACUUGCCCAAGCUGUUUCGUGGUACAAUCUCGGCUGGGCAGAGUACCAGGCGUACGUUUCAGGCGGUGCGUCCCUCAGUCUACAAGGCAAGAGACCUCGCAGAUUCCUCAAAGCGUCAAUGGCAUGCUUCAAACGGGCCAUCGAGCUGGAAGCCGGCAACGCGGACUUCUGGAACGCAUUGGGUGUGGUGACUGUGACGCUUAGCCCCAAGGUCUCGCAGCAUUCAUUUGUGCGAAGUCUUCAUCUUAACGAGAAGAACGCGCGGACUUGGACGAAUCUUGGAGUGCUCUAUUUAUUGAACAACGAUGCUCAGCUCGCUGGUGAAGCUUUCACGCGCGCGCAAUCAGAGGAUCCGGAAUACGCAGAGGCAUGGAUCGGUCAAGGGUUUCUGGCGACAUUGUUUGGAAGCCUAAAUGAAGCGCGAGGCCUAUUCAUGCACGCUUUCGAGAUUGCGGAUUCCUAUGUCCUGCCUGCAAAACGCCACUAUGCACUGUCCGCAUUUGACCAUUUGCUCAAGGAUCCUUCUCGGUCGCAGGAGGUCGCAGCUCUAUUGAAGCCGCUCUUCGCCUUGCGCCAAUUUCAUGCCCAGGAGCCUAGCGACAUGAUUGCGACUCAUUUGAUGGCUCUGUUUGCGGAGCGGGCAGGCGAUCAUUCUACAGGUGUCGUGAUCUUGCAGGAAGUCUGCGAUGCUGCAGAAGCCGAAUACGAAAAGUCCGAGUCGGACGAAUACCUGGUCAGGUUUGCGCAGGCAAAGUCAGAUCUCGCCCGCGCACAGCUCGCAUGUGGCGAGUACGAUGAAGCAAUUUCCAAUGCGCAGACGGCGCUUGAUCUUUCCGGUGAACCCGGUGAUCUUGGUCCUUCAUAUGCAGAAGCUCGCCGAAAAUGGCGACUUUCAGCGCAACUGACGGCAGGCCUUGCACACAGUCACUUAAAGCAGAUCGAAAGCUCGAUCAAAAUGUUCGAAGUGGCGCUUCAGGAAUCCGAGCGCGAACCAGACGUUGUCUGUAUGCUGGCCCAGGUCCUGUGGGCAAAAGGUGGCGACGAGGAGAAGGAAGCGGCAAGAUCGCAGCUGUUUGACGUGAUUGAGAACCAUCCGGGACACGUUCAGGCUGUCGCUUUGCUCGCUGUCACUGGACUGUUGGACAAUGAUGAAGAUGUGCUGGAAGCUGUCGAGGAGGACCUCAAGGCCUUGAGGCGUGGGGACGAGAUCGGUGUGCUGGACAAGAUUCGCGUCAGCACAGUCCUUGCUGGCAUCGUCGGGUGCCGGCAUCGGGAAACCUCCUCCGAUCAAGUCGACGAAGUUGCGGUGGUUUCAGAUGCGCUCAACGCCAUCAUGCUUGCACCGGGGCAGCCUCAAGGCUGGCUUGAACUUGCGCAAGCAGUGGGCGACGCGGACGACGGUGCUUACGCUGCCGAGAUGGCGGUGCUCAAUGCCGAGAGACAGAUCCCGCCAGGCGGCAAUCUCACCCCGGAGGAUUUGGCGAGGGCUUACGAAGGAACCGGCAGAGCGGAGGACUUUCUCAAGGCGAAGAUGCUUGCGCCGUGGAAGUUGGAAAUUGCUGGUGAAGCUUUGUAA